AAAUAUUUUAUGACAAACACGCUUACAUACAUGUCUCUGUACUGCACCAGUUCCCACUAAUCCUGAAGUAAAUUAGUAUUUUAUAACGUCUCGCACGUACAAGAGGCGGAGCCCUGAGUCAAAGGAGAAGCGAGUGUUGGGACUGUUACUGUUUCGACUUCAGCUAGCUGCUUGUGGGAGGAUUUCGCCCUCGUCUUUACACCAACAUCCAGGCUCAACAACUGGCGGAAUUUCUGUUUAAUAUCUGGUUCGGGUGGAGCGAACCCAAACACUGGAUAUGCAGAUUAAUUACAGGAUAAUCUCCCGAUGAAAUGAUAAACGUCGAAGCUGACCGUUGUAUUCUUCUCUUCCUCUUCAUUGAUCUGCUGAGUGCUGUACAGAAUGUGACGACAGAGAAAAGGAGAGAGGGAGACACUGUCGCUCUGCACUCUAAUAUUACUGAACUACAGACUGGCUCUCAAGUACUGUGGUCAUUUGGACAGGCCCCUCCAUACACACCGAUAGCUCAGCUCUUCAGAGGAGAGAUUUUUACAGACUACGAUGAGAGACUCAGAGACAGACUGCAGCUGGACAGACAGACUGGAUCUCUCACCAUCAGCAACCUCAACACCAAUGACUCUGGAAUUUAUCAGUUACAGAUUAUAACUGGAAAACCAUUGUAUUGGUGGUUUCAUCUGUAUAUCUAUAUUACCGUGGGAACACCAGAUAUCACACAGAUCCCUCAGGCUCCAGUCUCUGAAACAACAAAUAGAAAAUCUCCACAGAGUCGUUCAAUGGUCACUCCAGCGGUCAGUAAGAGCUGCUCAGUGCUGUGCUCCGUGGAGAACGGGAGAGAGGUCACCCUGUCCUGGCAGACAGAGGGGGAGACACUGAACCACACCAGCAGCCCUGAUCUCAACACCCUCUUGUCUCUCCCUCUGGAGAUAGAAGAGUACAGCUCUACCUACAGCUGUGUGGCUGCAAACCCAGUCAGUCACACAGUAACCAAGCUCAACAUGAGGGAACUCUGUCCUCAUGUAGGUCCAGAUACAAUGACAAUGAGACCAGACCAGAGGAACAUUUACAUGUGGCCUAUAGUGGCGAUAUCUGCAGUGCUGACAGUGAUGAUAAUUGGAUCAGCCAUAGUCUUUAAAAAACAGCAGAAGAAUAGAAAAACAGGACAAGAAUAUGACAGGAACAGGGAUAAUGAUAGUCCUGAGAUUACUUAUGCGGAGGUCCAAGCACAACCAACACACACACAACUAUCGGGGGGCGCUCACAAUGGAACCUACUCAGAGACAGAGGACAGCACUGUGUAUGCAGCUGUUGUCACAUGACCUGGCAUUACCAAUGGGAAAGGUUCUGUACAGCGCUGAUGGGAUUGGGGUUUCAGAUGACACUUUUUCUGUUGUAUUCCUGUAUCCAUCUGAACGCAUCGGCACAGCUUAAAUAACUGCUUCAACUCAGUGUUUCUGCCAUUUAGCCUCAUUCAUUUCCACCUGCACAUCACUGCCCAGGGUUAUUCAGUCUGUUAACUCAUCUGAAAUUUCUGUGUUGUCUAAAUACAUUUGAGAACAGACUGUUUUGUUACUAUUUUAUUAGCUGGAUACAGCUGGGGGCCUUUCUCUGUAAAAGAGUUUCAUUUUCAUUUC